GCCGAAGGAGGCGUGGUCAUGCUCGUGCCAGGAGGCGACGUUGAAAACGGCUCCGUCGACGCGGAUGGAGCCUCGGCGCACCGCAUUGACCUGGUGAGCCGGCUGCGUGAAGAUCACGAAGAAGUGCUCCGAGUGGUGCGCCGUGACGCGCACAGAGUGUACUAGAACGGCAAGCUGCGUCUCCAGGGCCCUUCCCACCGUCAUGGGGGACGAGGCGUUGACCCCAUCGGCGACAGUGAGGGUGACAUCAUGGCUCCUCAGGAAGAAGAUCGCCUCGUCCACCGCAGGUGACGGGAUGGCCACCGAACGGCUUUCCCUGGGACGGCGCGACGGGUCGACGUGGUGGAGCAUGGUCGGCAGCAGCGACGACAUGGCGGUGGAGGCCGGCGAUGGAGGGAAGCAGAUGCGGGCGUGGAGCGACUCGCCGGGAGGAGGUGGGCCUAGCCGGCUCCUAGCCGAGCUGGAGGCACCCGGCAGGAGGUGGCGCUACGGGCAGAGUUUAGCUAUGUGUCCCGCUCUCCUGCAGAGGAUGCAGUGUACAUGGUCCCGGCAGCCGGCCAUAUGGUGCCUUCUACUUAAGCAGUGGAAGCAGCGUCCACGGAAGAGGGCGGUGAAGGAGGAGGGCGGCGAGCUUCCAUUGAAAGCUCGGGAGCGGUCCGUCCGCUUCUCCCCGGGCGCGGCCGCGAGACCAGCAGAUCGCCUCUACUUAGCCCGGCGAGCUAUGCCCCUAUGAGAGGACUCCGCCGCCCUCGUCGUGCUCUUGGCUGAGGUCUCCGUCGCCCUCGCCAUGCUCUUGGCUGAGGUCUCCAUCGCCUGUUCCAUGUAUUCCAGCGUAGACCAACGAUGGAUACAAUGACCAAGAGUCUUUUAUACCAUGAACCAUUUGGAUGGAAGAAUCUCAUGUUGCUAUGGAGUAGGUGGUAAGAUUUUGACAACGGCAGCCUGUCACAUGUUACUAGGAUCUACAUUGGUACGAAGUUCUCAUACAAAUGUAAAAAAAAUAGACACAUGUUCCACGUUGAUUAUCAUUAGCAAUCAUAUAUAUUAGUGUUUAGAGCCACAAGGGAUAAUGUACUCAUGUCGAUCGAACAUGCUAUAUUUAACAAGUUAUCUUCUGCAGCCUAUCUUUUUUCCGUCAUUCAGUUAGUGUG